GAUACAUCAACGCAUUUUUUUAAAAUUUGUUAUACACUAGAUUACAGUUUACACAAGGCAGAGAAUUCUAUGUCCAGUCCAGAUAUUAAGCUUGCGGGACCUCAAGCUCAGGAAAGGCUGAUACAUCCCUGUGAAUAUAUUCAGCGUAGCGUUUUCAAGCAGGAAGAAUGCAUGCGUAUGAAUCACAUUCGUACUACACAUGGCCUUGGCGCCGCCAUAGAUGUGGGGCUUACCGAGGUAACCCUUCUCGGUUCCCGCCGCUUAGGUUCUCUACCCACUAGCAACACACUGUACAAUGCUUACCGAGGGAAUUUUAUGGAGCUAACUCCGAUGGAUAUCUAUGGAUUACCUGAAAACAAUCCCAAUCUGCAGCCUUCUUCACGCGCAAUUAUAGAAAGGGGAGUAUACGGCUAUGAACUAACUAUGAAAAACUUAGGACUUUAAUUUUUUUUCCAUUUUCCCUUUUGACUAUUAGGUGUUUGUGUGUUUCGCUGUAGUGAGAGACUUUUAAUUCUGGGCGCUGCAUUUGGAAGAGAUAGCCGAACAAAGUCCUUAUGCUACAUACAGGAUUUGUGUAUAUAAAUAUAAAGUAAUAAAGUGAAAAAUGCAUUUGAAAGGUAUAACUUUUCCACCUUACCUUAUAUCUUUAAAGUGUGAAAGUCAUUCUUUUCGGUUGUUAUAUUAGAAGGCUUUAAAAAAUUAACAAGCCUGAGCACUCUAUGAGAAGUAUUUUCCCUUGAUAUUAUGUUGCCUUUUUAUUACUUUAAGUACGAACAAAUGAUAUACCU